UCUUCAUUGUUGGGUUAUGAAAAUGCAUUAAUAAAGAUUGCGAACGGCGUGCCAUAUAAGGAUAGUUUCUGCUUAGCCUUCGCAUGGGUGUCAGUUUCGUAGAAGUAGGCCGUACGAAGCGAAACAGUGUAAACAUCAGCACAUGUUGCUUCGAAAUAAACCUUUGCAGUGUUUUCACCAGAAAGUACAGUAAAAGAUCGAAUGCUUUUCACAUAUUCUAAUGGAAAUUCUUUUGGGUUUCUCAAUUUCUUUGCAAUUAUGAGCAUAUUUCACGGACGUGAGUCGUGAUUGACUUUGAACGGAUUGCGGCUUUUACGGCUUCCUGUGUAUCUGACGUCACUUGAGCGCCAUCUUUAGUGAUUUGGGUGUGCCAAACUGAGAAUAGGAGUAGUAGGGAAGGGUAAAAGUGACCGCCGUAACGAUCGGUAAGUUCGAUAAUUUUUGCUAACGCCGAAAAUUAUUUGUUCAGUUUUUCUUUAAUAUCGGACAAUAUCAAUAAAAUACCGGGAAUACAGGUGACAUAAUAAAAUAUUUACAAGUUUGACUUUGACAGGUGCAAUUAAGCACAGCUGAUCUGUAUAGAUUUUUUUAAAAAUGACCUGAACUACUCUCUAUAAACACUAACGCUGAUCAAUUUGUGCGAUCAAUCACAAAGCACAAGAAAUCGAAGAAAUUAUUUUUUUUUGUACAGGUAGAAUCGAAACAACACAAUGUCGCUUUCUCUGACGGUCAGCAUUGUGGACAAAAAUGUCACCAAAACCAUGCAGUUCGAUCCGUCCACACAAGUAUACGAUGCUUGUCGAAUUAUACGAGAAAAAUCCUCAGAAGGAGGCGAAUCAGGACUAGGAGAAUCAAAAAAUUAUGGGCUAUUUUUAGCAGAUGAAGAUCCAAAAAAAGGAGUUUGGUUAGAACCAGGAAGAUCUCUAGAAUAUUAUUUAUUAAGGAAUGGGGAUCUCCUUGAAUACAAGAGAAAGAUGAGGACUCUGCGAAUUCGGAUGUUAGAUGGAACAGUAAAAACCGUCCUUGUAGAUGAUAGUCAAGUUGUUGCUAAUCUUAUGGUUGUUAUUUGCACAAAAAUAGGUAUCACUAAUCACGAUGAGUUUUCUCUAAUCCGUGAUAUACCUGAUGAAAACAAAGAACCUAAUACCGGUACCCUCACUCUAAGGAGGGAUAAAAAAGAUAAGGACCAAAAAAUGGAACAGCUCAAAAAGAAGUUAAAAACAGAUGAUGAUUUGAACUGGAUUGAUCAUUCUAAAACUCUUAGAGAACAAGGCAUAGAGGAAGAAGAGACUCUUCUUUUAAGACGAAAAUUUUUCUUCUCAGACCAAAAUGUAGAUUCUAGGGAUCCAGUUCAACUAAACUUACUGUAUGUGCAGGCUAGAGAUGCAAUCAUCAAGGGAACUCAUCCUGUCACAAUAGAACAGGGUGCACAGUUUGCUGGAAUCCAGUGCCAAAUUCAGUUUGGUGACCAUGUUGAAACUAAGCACAAAUCUGGAUUUUUAGAUUUAAAAGAGUUUUUACCUAAAGAUUAUGUUAAAUCCAAAGGAAUAGAAAAGAAAGUAUUUGCUGAACAUAAAAAAUGUGUUGGUGAUUCAGAGCUUGAUGCUAAAGUUAAAUAUGUCAGCCUUGCUAGGUCACUUAAGACGUAUGGUGUCACAUUUUUUCUUGUUAAGGAGAAAAUGAAUAGAAAAAAUAAAUUGGUUCCUAAACUUUUAGGAGUUACUAAAGAUAGUGUUUUGCGAUUGGACGAAAAAACAAAAGAGAUUCUUAAGACAUGGCCUCUUACAAAAGUUCGAAGAUGUGCAGCAUCUCCCAAUAGUUUUACUUUAGAUUUUGGAGAUUAUUCUGAUUCAUACUACUCUGUACAAACAUCAGAAGGGGAACAAAUAUCACAAUUGAUUAAUGGAUAUAUUGAUAUUAUAUUAAAAAUGAAAAAAGCAAAAGAUCAUCUAGGCAUUGAAGGAGAUGAGGGAUCUGCUAUGGUUGAAGAAAAUGUAUCUGCUGCCAAGGCUACUAUAUUGCAGCAUCAACCUCCUGCAAAAGUUUCUCAUGUUGACUCGGGUUCUGUUGUUGUUCCUGCUGUUAUGAGAACUGGUGUCAAUGGACCUAUGCCUUACACUACUGGGCAAACCCAAGGAGCACAGUUUGGUGAAUCAAGAGGGCAAGCACACAGUGCUUAUGCUUCUGUACAGAUGCAGCACCCAAAAGUGCACACUACAAUGUCUGAGCCUCAGAGAGCUUUACUCAGCACAAUUACAUCAGGAAGAAGUGCUGUUGAAAAUGCUCAAAAUAAUCUUAAUGUAAGAAUAAAGCUUCAAGAACUAGGAACAGAUCCGGCAUCUAUCCAAUGGAAACAAAACCAAAUGGAUGUUAAAAAGCAGAAUGUAUCAUCUCAGUUAGCUGCUAUGAAUGCUGCUACUGCUCAAGUCAUCACCCUUACUUCUGGACCAGCUGAAGAUGUUGAUCACCCAGCUGUAGGGGCAGCAGUAACUACCAUUACAACAAAUUUGUCUGAAAUGUCUAAUGAUGUUAAGAUGAUAGCUGCUCUGAUGGAUGAUGAAAUGCAAGGUGAGAAUCUGCUGGAUGCUGCCAGGAAUUUGUGCUCAGCCUUUUCUGACUUCUUGAAGGCUGCUGAACCAGAAACAAAAGAACCCCGACAGAACUUGUUGAAUGCUGCUGGCAGAGUGGGUGAAGCAAGUCAUGCUGUUUUGAGAAACAUUGGGGAAGAAGACGCCAUCGAUAAGGAGAUACAAGAUAUUUUGCUUGGUUUAGCGAAAAGAGUUGCCACUGCAACUGCUAAUUUGGUGUUGAAAGCUAAAAAUGUUGCCAGCAAAUGUGAUGAUCAGGCCCAGCAAAAUGCUGUUAUUAUUGCUGCUACUCAGUGUGCAUUGGCGUCAUCUCAGCUCCUAGCAUGCGCAAAAGUGGUUGCACCGACUAUCUCCAAUCCUACUUGCCAACAACAACUUAUUGAAGCAGCCAAGGAAGUAUCUAGAGCUGUUGAAGGUAUUAACAAAGCUUGCAAUGAUGCUACAAGAGAUCCAGUUCUACUGGACAAUAUGGAUAAAGCUAGCAAUGACGUGGAAGAUGCUCUGAAUGAUCUUGUCAAUCACGUGAAAACUGUAAAUAAACAGCGAGCUCAAGCCUCAGUUCAUGAUGGUGCUGUUGAUACUAUAUUGGAUGCCACAGAUAAACUCUUCAGUAGCACCGGAGAUGCCGGCGAAAUGGUGAGACAAGCAAAAAUUUUAGCCACUGCUACUGCUACAUUAAUCCAAGCUAUCAAAGGUGAAGCCGAUUCUCAGUCUGAUUCUGAUAUACAGAAAAGGCUUUUAGCUGCUGCCAAAAUUCUUGCUGAUGCAACUGCUAAGAUGGUUGAAGCGGCAAAAGGAUGUGCCUCUAACCCCCAUGACUCAGCUUCACAAGCUGCUCUACAAAAAGCAGCAGAAGACCUCAGAAGUGCCACAAAUGCUGCUGCAAACAAUGCCCUGAAGAGGAAACUCAUCAGACGUCUCGAACAAGCUGCCAAACACACUGCUGCCAUGUCAACGCAGAACAUUGCUGCAGCUCAAGGUGCAAGGUUAUACAACCGUAAUCCAAGCUCACAAGAUGAGCUUAUGACUUGCUGUAAGGACGUAGCAGAUGUCAUUCCAAAACUAGUUCAGGGAGUUAAAAGUACUAUGAUGGAUGUGGAUAAUCCAUCUGCACAACUAUCUUUAAUCAGCUCCUGUGAAACCAUGCUUCAGCCUGGAAAUAAAAUGGUUGCCGCAUCUAAAGCUGCCAUUCCCACAAUCACUGAUCCGUCCACUAGUCUUCAACUAAAUAAUGCAACAAAGCAGAUGAUAAAUGCCCUAAUGGAACUACGGUCUUCUUUAAUCAAAGCCCAAGAAGCUUGCGGAAGCUUAGAAUUAGAAAAUGCUUUAGACCUCAUCAGAGGAUUAGAUGAUGAACUUGUUGCAUUUAGGAGAGCUGCAGAGAACAUGAAUCUCAAGCCAUUACCUGGUGAAACUUUAGAAAAUUCUGCUUUACAACUUGGUUCUAUAUCUAAAGUAGUGGGCUCAUCAAUGGCUCAGCUGUUAACAGCAGCCUCCCAGGGAAAUGAAAACUACACUGGAAUCGCUGCUCGUGAUACUGGAAGUGCACUUAAAAUAUUAACGAAAGCUGUUCGAGGUGUUGCUGCCACCACAAAUGACAAAGAUGUUCAGUUGAAAAUAAUUGACAAUGCCAGAGAUGUGAUGGACAAAUCUACGCUGUUGAUACACGAGUCGCAAAGAGCUAUGAAUAAUCCAAGUAAUCCAGACAUCCAACAAAGAUUAACUCAGGUUGCAAAAUCUGUUUCUAAUGCUUUGAAUAACUGCGUAAAUUGCUUACCAGGACAAAAAGAUGUUGAUGAUGCUAUUAGAAGCAUAACCGAUGCCAGCCAGAUCCUAAACUCUGGACAUUUUCCACAUCCCAACAAGUCUUAUGGAGAGCUGCAGAGCAACUUAACAAAUGCUGCCGCCAAUCUGAAUGUGGCUGCUACAGAUGUUGUUGCGGCUUCUAAAGGCUCUCCUGCGCACUUGGCCACUUCUUCCAAAAAGUUUGGUUCUGCUUUCAAUGAGCUGUUGGACUCUGGAGUCGAAAUUAUUGGUGGAACUAAGGACACUGAAAUUCGUAGUUCUAUGGUCAUAAGCCUCAAAAAUGUGUCAAUGGUGUCUAGCAAACUCUUAGUUGCUGCUAAAUCUGUAGCUGCAGAUCCUGGAGCACCAAAUGCCAAAAACCAACUUGCCGCUGCUGCAAGGUCUGUAACAGAGAGUAUAAAUAAUUUAAUAAAUGUUUGUACAUCAGCAACACCUGGACAAAAAGAAUGUGAUAAUGCUAUCAGAAAUAUACAGAGUAUGCGACCUCUCUUAGACAAUCCUGUAGAACCCAUCAAUGACCUUAGUUAUUAUGAAUGCUUAGAUGCUGUAACUGAAAAAUCCAAGAAUUUGGGUGACGGAAUGACUGGAAUUGCUAAUUUCGCAAAAUCAAAUGAGCAGGAGCAGUUUGGACAUUCUGUUAAUGAUGUUUCUAACGCUGUUUGUGGAUUAAUUGAAGCUGCAGCCCAGGCUGCAUAUUUGGUUGGAGUGUCUGAUCCCUCAAGUGUUGCCGGUCGUCAAGGUUUGGUUGAUGUUGCUCAAUUUGCUCGAGCAAAUCAGGCAAUUCAGUCUGCUUGCCAACAGCUGACAAAUUCUGUUAGCAAUCAACAACAGAUUUUAUCUGCUGCAACGGUAAUCGCUAAACACACAUCGGCUCUCUGUAAUUCUUGCAGAAUUGCCUCAUCCAAAACAUCAAAUCCAGUUGCCAAACGACACUUCGUACAAUCUGCUAAAGAUGUAGCCAAUGCAACAGCCAAUUUGGUAAAAGAAAUAAAGGCUUUAGAUCAAGAUCCAACUGAAAAGAACAGGCAAAAUACAUCCACAGCCAUUAAGCCUCUUGUUGAAGCAGUUGAAAACCUUACCACCUUUGCAAGUUCUCCAGAGUUUGCAAGUGUACCUGCAAAAAUCAGUCCAAAAGCGAGAAUCGCACAAGAACCUAUUACUUCUUCUGGUAAAAAUAUCAUUGAUGGCUCCUGCAAUAUGAUAGUUUCUGCCAAAUCUUUAGUUGUGAAUCCACGUGACCCUCCAACAUGGCAAACUUUAGCUGGUCACAGCAAAAAUGUCUCAGAUUCAAUAAAGAAACUUGUGGCAUCCAUUAAGGAUAAAGCUCCUGGUCAGAAAGAAUGUGAUGCGGCAAUUGAAAAGCUUAGCUCCUGUAUUCGUGAGCUUGAUCGAGCUUCACUCAGUAUUAUUGGACAAAAUUCUUUGCCUCGAAAGGAUCACAGUUUGAAGAAAUCUCAGAAGGGUUAUCAAGAGCAAAUGGAAUCAUCUGCAUCUGAAAUAUUGGAGAGGAUUGAUGGCGUACGUACUGCAGCAAUGGGGGAAGCUGAGAAAUUAGGUCAUCUAGUGACUCAAAUGACUUCCUUCUUUGAUCCUCUCGUCCACAGUGCAAUUGGAAGUGCAUCAAAAACUAUUAACUCAAAACAACAGAUGGCACUUCUGGAUCAAACAAAAACUGUUGCAGAAUGUGCACUGCAGCUUAUUUAUGCCUCUAAAGAAGCUGGCGGAAAUCCAAAAGCCUCUCAUAUUCAUUGUGAACUGGAUGAAUCUGCUGAUGGCAUGAAAGAGGCUCUGCAUGACCUGAUGCGUACUGUGGAAUGUGCUGCCACUGAAGCUGGCGUUGUGACUGGCUUAGUGGACACCAUCAACAGAGCAAUUGUGAAGGUGGAUGAGAGGGAUGGAAUUGAAGUGCCAGAAAGCUCAUUUGUAGAUUUCCAAACUAGAAUGGUGACUAAUUCAAAAGAAAUAGCCAAGAUUGCUCAGGAAAUGAUUGUCAAAUCUGGAACUGAUGCAGCUCAGCUGGGACCUCUAGCAGGAAGAUUAGCUCACCUGUUUGAAAAUGUUGCCAUAGAUACACGAGGAGCCAUAUCAUCAACGCCUAAUCUUGAUGUUGCCAACAGAAUCAAGACAAGUGUUCAAGAUCUGGGAUCUGCAUGCAUUGAUUUAACAAAAGCUGCUGGUACCUGCCAGAGUAAUCCUUCUGAUACAUAUAGUCAAAGAGAUGUUUCAGACAGUGCCAGAACAGUCACUGAAAAAGUUUCAUUUGUGCUUGCAGCAUUACAAGCUGGCUCUCGAGGUACUCAAGCCUGUAUCAAUGCCGCCAGCACUGUCAGUGGAAUAAUUGGUGACCUGGAUACAACUAUUAUGUUUGCAACAGCUGGUACAUUGCAUGCUGAAAACGAGAACGAAACAUUUUCAGAUCAUAGGGAGAAUAUUCUAAAAACUGCUAAAGCACUUGUGGAAGACACAAAGACUCUUGUUGCUGGAGCUGCUUCCAGCCAAGAACAACUUGCUGUUGCUGCCCAGAAUGCUGUUACCACUAUCAUACAAUUGGCUGAGGUUGUUAAACUUGGAGCUGCUUCUCUUGGUGCAAACAACUCUGAUGCCCAAGUCUUGCUCAUCAAUGCUGUUAAAGAUGUAGCCACUGCUUUAGGUGAUUUAGUUCAAGCAACAAAAGCAGCAUCAGGUAAAAAUAUUCAUCAUCCUGCCAUGAUCAAUUUGAGAGACUCUGCAAAAGUUAUGGUUACCAAUGUUACAUCUCUUCUUAAAACUGUAAAAUCUGUGGAAGACGAACACUCAAGGGGUACACGUGCACUGGAAUCUACGAUUGAAGCUAUCUUACAAGAAAUCAGGGCAUAUGAUUUACCUGAUCCACCUAUGCGCUCUGCAACUGCUGAAGACUUGGUAAAAGCAACCAAGCCUGUUACAUUAGCUACAAGUAAAGCAGUUGCAGCUGGUAAAAGUUGCAAGCAAGAAGAUAUUAUUGUUGCUGCCAAUAUGGGAAGAAAAGCUAUCUUUGACUUACUCAUGGUCUCAAAGGCUGCAGCUUAUACAUCUGAAACCCAUGAAUUGAAAUCUAGAACUCUAAUGACCGGUCACAACUGUGCUGUACAUUUUAGAGAACUUUUACAAAUGGUUCACCAAGUCAUUCAAAAACCUACUAAUGAAAAUAAACAACACCUGUUCACAAUAUCACAAACAAUCGCACAAUCUACCAUUGAAAUCAUCUCAUGUGCAGAAGCAUUGAAAGGUUCUGAUUGGGAAGAUCCUGAUGACCCUAUGAUCAUUGCAGAGAAUGAACUGCUAGGUGCUGCCAACUCAAUUGAUGCAGCUGCAAAGAAAUUAGCCAACCUCAAACCUCGUAUAAGGAAGCAUCAUGAAACUAAUGAAGACUUGAAUUUUGAUGUAUUGAUUUUGGAAGCUGCCAAGUCUAUUGCUGCUGCAACAUCUGCUCUUGUAAAAGCUGCUUCUGCUGCUCAAAGAGAAUUGGUUGCAGCAGGAAAAGUUACAGCCCACACUGUUUCUUCUACUGAUGAUGGACAAUGGUCAGAAGGUUUAAUAUCCGCCGCAAAAUUGGUUGCUGCUGCUACCCAUAGUCUUGUUGAGGCUGCCAACUCUCUAGUUCAAGGCCAUGCUUCUGAAGAAAAACUGAUUUCAGCGGCCAAACAGGUAGCCAGUUCGACGGCUCAGCUGCUGGUUGCAUGUAAAGUGAAAGCAGAUCCAGAUUCUAAGGCUAUGCAGCGUUUGCAACUAGCCGGUAAUGCAGUAAAGCGAGCAACAGACAAUCUGGUAACUGCUGCUCAACAAGCUAUCGAGCACGACGAGGAGCGAAGCCUCAUCAUCAACAAACGUAUGGUCGGGGGUAUUGCUCAGGAAAUUGUGGCCCGGGAGGAAAUUCUAAGAAAAGAAAGAGAGCUUCAGGAAGCCCACGAGAAGCUUGCUGCUCUCAGGAAAGCCAAGUAUGGCAACAGAUCUCCGGAUGAUUACCAAGGAUACGGCUCUCCUUGAAAAUCUUAUUAUACCUCUGUACAGCAUUUGACAUUAAAAGGAAUACAUGCUUCCAGUUGAACCUCAUCAAAAAUUAUGCCUUGUAUAGUCAGUUAUAUUUUCAUGUAAUUCAUAUAUAUUUGUAAGAAGGGAAGGGGGAGGCUGUUCAAGUUUUUGGAGGCUUGGCCAAUGGUCACGCUAUGAUUAAAAAAAAACUUUUAUUGUAUAGGGUUUUUAAUAUCAUGUUGUUGUUUCAUAUUGAGAACUGGAAAUUAUAUUGUCAAAAAUGCACUUGUUAAAUAAGUAUGUGUUGUUAAUAUAUUUAAAGGUUUGUAUUCGCCUACAAAAAAUUGUAUUUUUGAAAAUCUAAUUCUAACAGAUACAUUUUGAAGUGCUGAUUGUAUUGUAUGCUAUAUUUACAUUUACAAUGGUCUUUAAAGAAAUAUAUCAUUCAGUUUAUGUAGUUUACCUACUUGAAGAGCUUGGAUGGCAAUUUGUUAAGUUUUUUUCAUAUCUUUUUUCAAUCUUAAAAAGACUUAGCAAGUUGCCAACCAUCAGACUCUUAUCAAUGGGGAGCUGUACUCUUUGAGUCUUAAUGUGAUUAAACUAUUAGGAAAGAUAGACUUACAGUGGAGUAGAUGUAAUAAACUAGUCGAAUUGAGAUGGAUUGAAUUUUGUGUGUCUACUUCUAUUUUUUUUUUCCUGUGAACAGAGUAUAUUCACUGGUUACCAUAGAGAUAAUGGUGCUAUAUUUUAUAAUAAAGUUUUUGCAUUUCUAUUUUUCAGGGAUUAAGAUUUGUUUUUGAGAGAGUGUCUUUUAACUGAUUAUGGUGUGUAUUGUAGAAAAGGAAAAUAUUUCAGAAAUAAUUGCUAGCUUUUUUAUGAAGUAAUAAUUAAUAAAUUUCUGAAAAAUACUUCGCUUGCCAUGUUGGCCUUUUGCAAACUAGCAAUUCAAUUGAAAUGCUGUGUAUUUUUAAGACUGAAAACAUAGUAAAUCGUUUUACUCACCUGCCAUAGUUAUAUUACAUUCACGUAUGCUAGAAGUUGUGAAAUGCACAGUUUUAUGCUUUUGAAAGUUUGUUUUAUUAGUGCUACAUAUUUUUAAAAGUUCAGUCUUUAAAUAUUGUUAGUUUUUAUAUGUAAUUACUUUUACAAUCUUUUAAUUUUAAAUUUUCAAAAUGUGCUACUGUAUACUUUUAAGUUUUUUUUUUUUUUUUCUUGGCCACUUUAUUGUAGCAUAAUUUUAGAAAUUCUGUCUUCAAAUAAUUUUUUUGAUCUUUAAAUUUUGCUAGAAAUGAUAGCACGACGCAUGGAUCGUGUACUUUUUCUUGUGUUGGUUUGUUUCUUAGAAGAUAAGGAACUGUUUUUAGUACUGCGAAUUUUUAGAAAUUUGCUGUUUAAAUAUUACUAAUUUUUUAAUUCCUCCCAUUUUUAACAACAUUUUAAUUUUUUUAGCAAAUUUUGUAUUCCAAAAAUGUGGAUUAAUAAAAAUAUCCUUAAAUAGCUGUAUCAAGUUUUAUAUACUUUGAAAACAUAAACAACAUGAGACAGCUUUACCUUAAUUAGAAUACAGAAGUUAGAGAAAUUGUGCCUUUGAAUUUGGGAGGUUUGUUGCCUCUUGACUAACACCCUAGUUAAAUAUGUAACCCAUAAAAAAUAGGAUUUCUAUUUUUUAUAAAUAUAAAAAUAAAUUUAAAAAUUUUUUUGAAGUAUUAAAUAAAUAUUCAAGUAUGCUUUCUGAAAUACUAUCUUACUAUAAUCAUUGAUAUGGCAGGUGUAUAAAUAUAUAUAUUGUGAGAGAGUAUGAAUAUUUUGUUUAAUAUCCUUAAAGCCCAAACAAUAUUUUAACAAAAAUUAUUUUAAUAAAUUGCUUUAGCUUCGAAAUAGUAUCUUACAUAUACCUUUGUAUAAGCAUUUACAGUUUAUAAAGCAAACGUUGUUGCUUUUAUUAUUAUCAUUAUUAUUAAUAUGUUGCAUAUCAUUUGUUGUUACUUUCAUUCUUUGUUAUUUUUUAUGCCAGCUGAGCAUUUUUAAGUGCCAUGUUUCUUAAUUUAUGUUACGAACUAUGAUUCUCUGAAAAAAAUAUUCUUUAAACCAUUUUUAAAUCUACUUUUCUUAGUGCUAUUACAUAUAGAUAUAAAUUAAUGAUAGAAAUAUAAUCUUCUGUUUUAAUAUCUUUUUUUGUGAUCUAACCAUGUGUCUUACUGUGCAAUACUUUUUACUAAUAUGAAUCGUAAAUGCCCUGAUGUUUCGUCCAAUUGAAAUGAAACCACAAAUGUGAUUGUGUAACAGGUACUUCAUAUUCAUGAAAAUUUAGUUUUUUUAUGACUUUAAAUAAAACUGCUUUAAAUGUUA